GCUCCUUCCUGCUUCCUCCGCGCGACGAGGGACGUGGCACCGCGCGACAAGUGACGACGCCGCCCCAGCCCCAGCCUGACUCCCCAGGACCUAGAUCUCCGUCUCCGCGCCCCCCAAGCAGUUCCUGGCCGCCCGCCUCCGUCUCGGCUUCUCCAGUCGCGCCGGCGCGCCUCCCAGCCCGGCGCUACCGUCUGUAGUCACGCCGGCGCGCCCCCAGCCCCGCGCCGUCCGCUCUCUAGCCCGGCCGGCGACAAGCCUGGUCCAACCCAUUUAAAGGCAACUGAAAGGCCAAAAGCCCAAAACAGAUUGAUUAAGGUGCCACCACCAAACAAAACCAAGCUUGCAAUGGAACCUUCCUCAAGCAAUGGUAGCAAUGUGCCACUUCCUGCAUCCCAACACCCUCUACAUGCAACAGAUGCAGAUGAGGAGGACGAGAGUGUAGAGAAUCACCACACAGCCAAUGUGGGUGGGGAGCCUUUCAUAUAUAGUGCCAAUUAGGCAUACAUGGAAGGUACAAAUACAGCAGGUUAUCACCUGUACAUGGAAACUAGGCUAUACUUAGCAACUAGCUAAUCUAGGGGAUCUCUCUAAUUGAUCCUGAUAUAUACAUAUCCUAAUAGAGAGUGUGAAGCAGCUUAACGAGUGUGCCACAAUAUAUCUAUCUCUCCGGGUACUGUCUCUCCUUUCCUCACUACAGGGCCUUUCCAAGCACAAGUCAGUGAAGUCACUUGUUUCCUUCAAUACCAAUCUUAGGCCUCUCAGAUUUGGAUCUCAUCAUUAUUGUUUGCAGGACUACCUCAUCGAGUCAAACCGCAACUGGAAGGUCUGCCAAGCACCUGACAGGAGCAUCAGUUGUAACAGCGCCGGGCAAGGGGGAGCUGAAGCCCAGCACGCCUCCACUAUGCUCCGCCACUGCUACUGGUACAGAAGAAUCAAACACACGAAGUUGCACCAUCAGGGCGGGCUUGAGCUGUCCAUAGCCAGAUACGAACCAGGCUGGCCUGUUUGGCUGGUUACCUCGGCCUGCCACACCACAGUUACGGCCGCACCACAGGUUUGGCAACAAAAUAGUUCUCCAGACUUUUGGUGUGAAAAUGUGACGCAAAACACUAUAGACAAGCUUGAGCAAUUGUGGCAUGCCAAAACUAUGGUUAUGAACCAAACGCCAGCCAAUCGAGUCAACGCGCCAGACUUUACCAAACAGAUCUCCGGCCCAUACAAAUACAGGAGUUCCGGGCCCUCUCAGGCCCUCCCCUUCACAUACAGAUACAGCCCGUCCAUUCGGCCAUUCCCCAAUCCCCGCAUCGCCUCUAUCGCCUGUGCCCCCAACUCCACCUCGCCGCCGGCAUGACAACAGGGUCGACCCCGGGUUCGCCCCCCUCUCAAGGCUCUCAGAGAAAGCGGGGUUCUACCGAAGAUUCUGUUGGCUUGUAUGCAGUGCAAUGCCACAAGUGCUACAAAUGGAGUACGGUUCCAAAAGAAGAAUUUGAGACACUUCGUGAGAACUUCACUAAGGAUCCAUGGUUCUGCAGCAGACGACCAGACUGCUCUUGUGAAGAUGAUGCUGACAUUGAGUAUGACAACAGCCACAUCUGGGUUUUUGACAAUCCCAACAUACCAAAGCCUCCACCAGGGACGGAGAGGCUAGUGAUUAUGAGGAGUGACUACAGUGAAAUGGACCCAUAUUAUGUCAUGCCCAAUGGGAAGCAUGCAAAGUGUGCUGGUGAUGUGGAUAAGUUUCUGGAGGCAAAUCCAGAGUACAAAAACCGCAUGUCUGCUUCGGAUUUCAGCUUUGCACCACUCAAGGUUGUUGAGGAAACUGUUCCUCGCAACUCAGGCAGGAAGGCUGCCAAGGCCAAGAAGCAGAAGGCAAGGCACAAAAGUGAUUGAUGCUCUGAACUGUGCCUAUGGUUAGGUGACAGUCCGCUCAGGAUCAUGUCCCAUCCAAUCUAGUAUACUUGUCUAUCUGGACUGAAGCUUUUUGGCUCUGCAUGCUCUGCUGCAACCGAACCCCUGUGUCUUAAUUCCUGGGGAAUAUCUGAGAUGUUUAAUAAGUGCUGUAGACCUGCUCUUUUAUAAUUAGCUGCUUGGACCUUAAGCUGUGCUUCCUUAAUUUUUGCUUCAGUUAUCCAGUA